AUGGCCUGGAUCAGUAAUACCUCCUGGUUCAAUCACCUUGAUCUACAUGAAGAACGUUUCAGGAGAUACUUAAACAGCACUGAGGAUUACUUAGCCUUCCUAUGUGGGCCCAGACGGAGCCAUCUGUUCUUGCCCAUGGCUUUGGUGUACACCCUCAUCUUCGUCGUUGGGGUGGUAGGUAACUUCUUAGUUUGCCUGGUAAUCCUCAAGCACCAGAACAUGAAAACGCCGACCAAUUACUACCUCUUCAGUCUGGCCGUCUCAGACCUGCUCGUGCUGCUUUUUGGGAUGCCACUGGAAGUCUAUGAGAUGUGGAGCAACUACCCCUUCUUGUUUGGGCCCAUCGGCUGCUAUUUGAAGACGGCGCUCUUUGAGACGGUCUGUUUUGCCUCCAUCCUCAGCGUGACCACAGUCAGCGUGGAGAGAUACAUUGCCAUCCUCCAUCCUUUCCGUGCCAAGCUGGAAAGCACUCGCAAGCGUGCCCUCAGGACCGUCGUGGUGCUCUGGGUCCUCUCUGUCCUCUUUGCCCUCCCCAACACUGGCACCCACGGUAUCAUGCUGCAGUAUUUCCCCAAUGGCACCCUGGUCCCUGGCUCUGCUACCUGCACUGUAGUCAUGCCCAUGUGGAUCUACAACUGUAUUGUCCAGAUUACUUCUUUUCUCUUCUAUGUGCUGCCUAUGGGGGUAAUAAGUGUGCUGUACUAUCUGAUGGGGCUAAGAUUGAAAGGGGACAAGUCUUUGGAAGUGGAGGAAAUGGCUGUGAAUGUUCAGAGACCAUCCAGGAAAUCAGUCACCAAGAUGUUGUUUGUCCUUGUGAUGGUUUUUGCUAUCUGCUGGGCUCCAUUCCAUAUAGAUCGACUUUUCUUCAGCUUUGUUGUGGAAUGGACAGAGCCUCUGGCUAAUAUAUUCAACUUAAUUCAUGUGGUGUCAGGUGUUUUCUUCUAUCUGAGCUCUGCCGUGAACCCCAUCAUUUAUAAUCUGUUGUCCCAGCGCUUCAGGAUGGCUUUCCUCAGUGUGAUCUCUCCUUGCUGCAAGCACUGGGCCCCUACCCAUCCCACCAGCAGGAUUCCUGCCCAGCAGAGCAUCUUUGUGGUUGAGGACCACAAUCUCGUGGACUCUGCUGAAGACACAAGUCUCCCUGGCACCCACAGGACAUCUGUCAGCAGUUCUCAGCUCUCCACUGGCCUGUGACUUCCCAUGUUGUGAUCCAGGUGAGAGAGAAGUUAAAGAAAAUUACUUUAAGAAACAAAAAGAGAAAAGACCCUCCUAAAAGACUGGUUUCAGCAAGAAGAGCUCACAGACAUGUCUUGUUGAAUGAAUGAACGA